GUCACUCACACGCUCGCUCGCAAGUUGCAAUCCAUACCUACCUAUCUGUAAUCUUUCAUGAGACUGAGAGCAAGAGCAUGAGAGUCAUAGAGGAAAGUAAUAUAUUGAUAGUGUAAUCUAUUCUAAAUACAAUUAUUGAAUGUUAAGCUUAGUCAGAUAUUCAAAUAUGCGUAGCAUUAUUAAGACUAAUUAUAUUAAGUGUAACCGAUGUGUGAGGCAUGUAAGAUUAAAGCGUCAAUUUUCAACAAAGACAGGCAGCGAUGAAGGUGGGUCGGAGGGCGGUCGCGAGGAGUGGCCGCGGCGCGUGGUGACGGGGCUGCAGCCGACCGGCGCACUGCACAUCGGCAACUACUUCGGUGCCGUGCGGCGCUGCGUGCGCCUGCAGGACCAGGGCGAAGACCUCACGAUAUUCAUAGCCGACCUGCACUCUCUCACCACACGCCAGGAGCCACAGCAGCUUCAGCAGCGCGUGCUGGAGCUGGCGGCGUGCCUACUGGCCAGCGGCGUGGACCCCGAGCGCAGCGUGGUGUUCGCGCAGUCGGCCGUGCCGCGCCACGCCGAGCUGUGCUGGCUGCUGGCGUGCCUGGCCACGCAGGCGCGGCUGGCGCACCUGCCGCAGUACCGGCAGAAAGCGGCCGCGCUGCAGGACGUGCCCGUGGGGCUGCUGCUGUACCCCGUGCUGCAGGCGGCCGACGUGCUGCUGUACGGCGGCACGCACGUGCCGGUGGGCGCGGACCAGGCGCAGCACCUGCAGCUGGCGGCGCAGCUGGCGCGCAGCUUCGCGCACCGCUACGGCCGCGCCUUCCCCACGCCCCGGGCGCUGCUACCCGACGACGGCAGCGACCGCCUGCGCAGUCUGCGUGACCCCAGUAAGAAGAUGUCCAAGUCCGACAGCGAUCCCAAGUCGCGUAUUCUGUUGAUGGAUCCCGAUGACGUCAUUCAGAUGAAAAUUAGGAAAGCCGUUACCGACUUUACGCCACAGGUGACGUUCGAGCCGCAGAGCAGACCCGGCGUGUCCAACCUGGUGGCGAUCCACUGCCUCGCGGCCGACAAGCUGCCCGAGGAGGCGGUGCUGGAGGCCGAGGGGCUGACCACGGCGCAGUACAAGCGCGUGGUGGCGGGCGCGCUGUGCGGCGCGCUGGCGCCCGUGCGCGACGAGGCGCGGCGCCUGCUGGCGCGGCCGCAGCACCUGCGCGACGUGCUGCGCCACGGCGCCGCCCGCGCCCGCGCCCGCGCCGACGCCGUGUACGCGCGCGCCGCCGCGCUGUGCGGCCUGCGCUAGCUACAGGCGGUGGUGGUGCAGCGGCGCCAGCGGGUCCAGCGCCGCCGGCCGCUCGCGCAGCAGCGCCAGCAGCUCGCGCAGCAGCUCCACGGCCUGCGCCACGGCCUCGGCCUGCUUCUCGGCGGCCAGUGCGCUGCGCAUGGCGGCCUCGGCCAGCAGCUCCUCGGUGGCGAGGCGCGGCGCGUCGGGCGGCGGCGCGGAGCCCUCGCUGCACAUGUCGUCGUCGGAGCCUCGCGCGCGCACCGUGCCGCACCCGCGCUCGUCUUGUAACAACGCUCAUAAUCAAAAUAGUGCAAUCGAUCCAAAGAAGACUUAAGUCCGAGUUCAUCGACAAUGAGAUAAACACUGUUUUCAUAAUCAGGCAUUUAAACAUUAUCACUUGUUUAACCAUGAAGCGGUAGUUUUCGCUUCGAGUGCUUCAUGAAUGAAACAACGAAUGUAAUAUUACCCUAAAAACUAAGAAGUCAAAAUCAUGCCAUAAGGUAUCACAUUCAGCUGCGGGAUUGUUCGAAAGACCGCGGCCCUGGUACAAAAAAGGCUUACAAAAGAACUGCUGAUAAGUUAUAGUCAGUAAAAGUCUGACACUCCCUCUCGCCGCUAACCCACAGCGGGAGGAGUCACUUAAUGAUGGGUCACCAUUCCCGUGGGGCACGUCAAUUGUCUGCAAAUUAUCGACUUAAUGUGCGGUAGAAGAAUCGUUUAAUUCGUCGUUAGGCAGUUGGCCCGCAGACGGUGAGGAAAUUACUUACUAUUUUAAUUGACGUGCCCCACGGUUUUAUUUUAGUCUAGUCUAUGCAUAUGUUUAUAAUCCCACGAAUGUAUCUAUUUUAUUAUUUUUUGGUUUUUAGUACAUUUAUCUUAAACAUUGCAAUGUAUGUUUAACAUAAAACCGUUUAACUUGAAAAGUUUUUUUUACCUAUUUUUAUUUUCUAGUUUUUAGUUUUUCUUUCGCAUUCAGUUUAAUUCUAUUAGUGCUUCAUUAUUGCAAGGUUUCUUGCCCGUUAAGUUUAUUGCAGUCCAACUCCUCUAUUGUUGGGGCCAACUGCAAUCUUCUUAUAUCUUAGAUUUCAAUUUGGCAUAGUAAAUUGUAUUCUACUU